AUGGUGUCCCAAAAUGAUAGCGAGGGCCAAACCGCAGCCACUGGCUCCACCACCAACACCCCAGUCUCACCUGCUUCACCAGCGCCUCCCUACCAACCCACGAUUGGCUCUGUGAGCGCUCCCGGUGGCGACUACAUCAGCCAAACGCCAACUGAGAAAACGCAAGUCGCAGACGAUAUCGCCCCGACCUUUAUAAGCAGUUCCAAGGACGAUGCGUCGACUUCAUACCCAGGACAGCCCAAGGGGGAAUCAACCGCGUACAACUCGCCCGAUGACGUGAAGGGAUACCCCGGACAACCUCAGCCUACAUACCAGGACCCUUCGCAACAAGCUCCCAACUACCAGCAAGCUCAAGCCCAACCAGGGGUAUACUAUACUCCGUACGGCCCGCCUAGUGGGUAUGCCAGCGCUACACCAUUGCACGCGCUUCAGUCAGCUUCUGCGCCAGUCGAUUGCCCUUCAUGCGGACACCGCGAAAUGACUCGGACGGAGUCUGUUACCGGAAUGACGACACAUGGUUGGGCGGCCGUUCUUUGCUGCUGCUGCUGUCUCGGAUGUUUCCCGUACUUGAUGUCCUCCCUGAAGGAUGUUGACCACUACUGCGGCAAGUGCGGUGUUAAGUUGGCUUGCUGGCAUAACAGCGGUCGGGUUCAGAUCAUGCAGACUGGAUCGGCGCAGCCAUCUCAGCAGGUUCAGCCAGGUCAGACUGCGGAGACCCCGGCGACCCAAUGA